AUGCAGAGGGCGGGGGCCGGGGGCCGGAGGGCCUCCGACUGCGGCCCUGCCCCUCAGCGGCCCCGGUGCAUCACCAAGUUUGCCCAGUACGUGGGCUCCUUCCCCGUGGACGACCUGGACCCCCAGGAGAGCGUGUGGCUGGUCCAACAGCAGCUGUGGGCGCUGAAGGACUGUCCCCGUCGCCGGGCCGUCAUCCUGAAAUUCAGCCUUCAGGGCCUCAAGAUCUACAGCGGGGAGGGCGAGGUGCUCCUGAUGGCUCACGCCCUGAAGCGCAUCCUCUAUGCCACCUGGUGCCCAGCCGACUGCCAGUUUGCCUUCAUGGCCCGAAACCCCAGGAGCCCAGCCAGCAAGCUCUUCUGCCACCUCUUUGUGGGCAGCCAGCCUGGGGAGGUCCAGAUCCUUCACCUGCUGCUCUGCCGCUCCUUCCAGCUCGCUUACCUGCUGCAGCACCCGGAGGAGCGGGCGCGGCCCGAGCCACGCCCGAGCACUGUGGGGGACGUGCCGCUGAAGCUGGGGUCCGGCCCCGAGCACCCCCCUGGCCUAGUACGGGAACCCUUCGGCCGGGAUCAGCUCUCACAGAACGUUGACGCGCUGGUCUCCUUCCGGCGGCUGCCGGCAGAGGCGUCUGGGGGCAGCGGGAAGGAGCUGCUGGAGUCAGGGAGCCGCGUGGGCGCCCGCCACGCGCGCCUAGGGAACCCGUACUGCUCGCCCACGCUGGUGCGCAAGAAGGCCAUCCGCAGCAAGGUGCUCCGCUCCGGGGCCUACCGCGCCUGCACCUACGAGACGCAGCUGCAGCUGUCCGCCCGCGAGGCCCUUCCUGCCGCGUGGGAGGCCUGGCCCCGGGCACCCGGGGGCCCCUCGUGCCUGGUGGAGAGCGAGGGAAGCCUGACGGAGAACAUCUGGGCCUUUGCUGGCAUCUCCAGGCCCAGCGCCCUCGCGCUGCUGCGGAGAGACGUGCUGGGAGCCUUCCUGCUGUGGCCUGAGCCGGGCGCCAGUGGCCAGUGGUGCCUGUCGGUGAGGACGCAGUGCGGCGUCGUGCCGCACCAGGUCUUCCGGAACCACGUGGGCCGCUACUGCGUGGAGCACCUGCCGGCUGAGUUCCCCAGCCUGGAAGCCCUGGUGGAGCACCACGCUGGAACGGAGCGGAGCCUCUUCUGCUCCCUUGACAUGGGCCGCUUGAACCCCGGCUACGAGGAGCAGGACUAUGGGCCCGAGGGCCGGCCUCCUCGGGCGCUCAGACCCCUGGGCCACGCCAAGUCUGAGGCAGAACUGCAGGGUCUGGGCUAGGAGGCAGGGCCCCACGCCAACAGGCCCUGCUGUACCCUGGCUCCCGAGCCUCAGCGGGCCACUCGGCUCUGGCCUCUUCCACCCUGCUGGGCACCAGUUCCAUCCAGUCACUGCCCCUGGGACCAGUCUUCCAUCAUUUCCCUGCCUGUGGGGGGGCCCUGAGAGUGAGGAUCACCAGGGGCUUCUCCCCAGGACACGGGCCGUCAGGAUCACAAGCGCAGCAGACCGAGCUCCAGGCUUCCCAGAACUUGUCGGGUGACUUGAUGCUUGCCUUCCCUGGGUCUCACCUCCCUCCUGGGUGGGGAGCUUUCCAAAGUGGGCAGGAAGGUUGUUCCAGUGCAGGUGGGGCCCUCCCCCAAGCAGGCCAGGUCUUGGGGCCCUGACUGGGUGUCCCCAGAGAGCUCCAGGCCAAGGCAGCCAGACGCGUGAGGGAGAGGCAUGUGGGCAGGCAGGAGGGAGUUCUCACUUUGGGCAGAGGUGUGGGGACAAGUCGCCCUCUCCGUGAGAGAAGCAGGGACAACGUGGUGGAGCUUGGGGGCGACGUCCAGGCUGACGGAGCACGGCCUAUUUCCCACGUCCUUUGAGGUGGGAGGAGCCCGCCCUUGAGUCCUGAAGUGUGGGGGUUAAGAGGCUGCAGAGAGGAGCCGAGUCACCCAGAGCCCAGGUGGACACCUGUGCGUAGAAAGCAGUGUGAGCGGGCUGACGGGGCAGAGGAUCCCAGUGAACCUCAGAUCAGGAAGGCUGCUUUGUCUGCUCAGAACCGCAGAGCUGGGCCUCCUGCUCACACAGAAGAGAUGUCGCAGACUCGUCUCUUCCCACACACCCUCCAAAACCCAUCAAGACACCCCCCUACCCAGCCUCACUGCCUUUGGCCACUUGAUUCUGAGGGGCCAGCAGUAAGCUACAGGCUUACGGGGGUGACUAGGGCCCUGAUGCACUCAUCCUGCAGGCCACACUGGGUUUGGAUUUGGUGGCUGCUUGGGAAGUCCACGCCCCACCUCAUGGUGGCAUUUCCCUUAAUGGGCAUCUGUCAGGGACCACGUCACUAGGUCAGCCCCACUGGAGGUGAGGGUCAGGGAGGAACCAUCUGAAGGCAGAACCAAUGUGGGCCCUGCCAGAGGACACUUGGCCUGGGCUGACACGGGGGCAUUCAUCCAGGGAAAUGACCCCACAGUGACAGCUCUAGGUAUCCCCCUUUAUAAGCAAAGUUGACAGGCAAACAUGAAUCUCCCAAACUAGGGAGCAAGUUCAUGGUGGAUGAACUUCUACUCCUGAGGCAGAGGUCUAGUCGUGGGUCUGGGGGCUGCCUUCUCUCCUCUCUGGGGACAGGAUGUGACUGAGUAGGGCCUUGAAAGUAAUACACUCCUGUUUCCUGGAAAAACGAGCAGCCCCAACGGAAUAAAAAGAACGAGGAGCCUCAGAAGUUCAGGCCUGGCGUCCCCAGUUUACACCCUCUGGCUCAGUAAAGGCUCUUGGCUGGGGCCUUGUCACUCUUGUCACAAUAGAUGGAAGGAGGAAGCCGUCCUUUUGGCGCUUGUUUCACUGGAACCGCAGCAGUGGUUUUGUACUGAAUAUGCGUGGGAGCCUGGACUCGUGUUACAGCCCUUACUACCGGAAGCCAUCUCCUCCCUGGGCAAAGCCCUGUUUCCUCAGGAGCCCCAGCCUCCCAUUUCUCUGGCAAGGAGAGGGGUUUGGUGAUGUGGGGCCCAGGAUUACCGCCCCGGAGCCGCACACAUUUAGGAAGCCCCGCUAACUGGUCUGACCUCUGUGAGGGACAGAUUUCGUCACACAAGUUGUCGUGUGGACGGGGUGUCGGGAGCGUCCCCACGGUACUUUACAUCCCUUCACACGGCGCUUUGGGUCGCGUGGCACAAACGAGGCCGGGUUUCUGCUUCGCGUGCGCAGACGCCUCACUGCCUUCAUUGCAGACCAGUUUCCUCUGUCGCAACCAGUGCCACCUGGGUAGCCCAGCCUCCUUACUGUGUGGACUUGAAGCAAAUAAAAUGCAUUUCUUGCG